GUAAAUCGCCGAGGCCUUUCCUAAAGAACCGAGCUUCGCCCACCAAGACCCGGCCCGAGCUCUUGGCGACCUCACCGGAAUUAAAAAACAUUUCUGCCGGAAGCACAGCGAGAAGAAAUUCAAUUGCUACAAGUGCAGCAAGUGCUACGCCGUUCUCUGCGAUUGGAAAUCCCACUCGAAGAUUUGCGGCACCCGAGAAAGAUUCUUCAUCCACUAGCUUGGUUCCGUCUUCUUCGCGUCUCCAUGCCCAUCGCCCCGCCUGAUUUUUCGCAUCUACCACUAGCUAUACGUAGAUUCUUCAACGAAAGAAAGAUUCCAUAUAAUCGGCAAGAGAAUGGUGAUCAGAAGAUAGCUAGAGCUCCCAACCGGAAACCGAUUCUCGACUGUCUUUUCUGGAGCAACGUGGAAGGGGGUACUCGCUGGAAGGGAACUUCAAGAGGUGGUGGAACAUCAUAUUCAAGGUAAGCUCAAUGUCAUAACAUCGAAUCUCCUAACCUAAAAAAUCCCUAGAUUUUCUUAAGUUGCUCGAAAUAUAUUUACACAGUAUUUUUUUACUCGAAUUUUAUUCCAAUUACUCCUAUUCGUGAAAAUUGAGCGUGUGAGAUUACAUACAUCAUUUAGAAUCAUAGUAUGUGAAUUAAUGGCACGACAAAGACACUCUAAGGCUCAGAUCCGAAAGAUUACAUUGUUCAUUUAUACAAGUACAAAAUUGGAAGGUAAUAGAUCAAAGCUCUCUGUUUAUGUUUUGAUUCAUUUUUUUUUGUGGUUUCCACAAAUUGGUUGAAAAAAAGAGAUGUGAUUGUAUAAUACUUUUUCAUGCAGUUGGGCAAACAAGGCUCUGGAUUUAGAGCUUUUGAGAAUAUACGAAGUCACUAAAAAUAGUGGCUUCUUAAGAAACAAUAUGAGGUAUACUUGCAAUCCUAUUUGAAGUUGGUUUUGCUGAAUUUUCGUAUUUGAAGUUUCAGAUUAAGUACCAGAAGAGAUGAAAAGAUCAGUAUUUUCUCCACUAAACUUUUUAGAAAUGUUUCAUUUAGACAUUAUAUAAACAGGUACUUCAUCUGUGGUACUAAUUAAAAGAUAUCAUUUGCUUAGCAUUUUCAUGUUCAAUAUGAGCUCUCUUUACAUAUUG